GGCCAUGCCCUACAGCGCUUGAUUUGGCCUCUGCAUGCCUCCACAAUUGUGUUACGUCCUCCAUAGAAGCCGCUGGCUACGUUAUACGGAUCAAGCAUACAUUUCGGAUCAAGCAUAAAGUUGCUUAUACGUUGUUACUUUUUCUUUAGCCCUUCCGUCGGCGAAAGUUCCUGGUUUGAAAAUAGGCGAGAAUAGUGAAUUUCCAAGACAUAGUUUACAUUCAUAAUUAAUUUGAUCGGGGGUGAUCAACUUCGAAAACAGAAAACACUAUUUGGAAUGGAUGAUUACAAAUGAAAACAUCACACCGCGCGGAUCUUUGUCAGUCAGCAAUGCAAAGUCUUUGACCCCAGGUGUGAAGCAGCUAGCUGUCCUAGCUGAACACUAGGAGGAACUACGUUUUGGGGAAAAAUGCGGGGUACAGGUGCAAGUGGGGAGCCCCCGAACCCCCCGAACCCCCCUGUAGCCAGAAACCACAACAACAGUCCUGGAAACUCGGGUUCCCAGUAUGCCUUGUGUGCGCUUGGGGUAGGGCUGGUGGCCCUGGGCAUCGUCAUGAUUGUGUGGAGCGUGGUGCCCUCCGACACGGUGAACAACAGCAGUGGCACCGGAGGAGGGAACCCCAAACCGGACAACAGGGGCAGGGCUUCAUCGGUGGCCUUUGUGCUGGUCGGGGCUGGGGUGGCCAUGCUCAUGCUGUCCCUGUGCCUGGGCAUGAGGAACAAGCAGCGGGAGCAGCAAGCGCUUCAAGAGGCCCAGACUCUGGGGGCAGACAACGCAGCUGCCGGUGAGGAGGACGGAGAGACGGCCGAGGAGCGAGCCCAGAGGUACACCGUGCCCAGCUACGAGGAGGCAGUGGGCAGCAGCCAAUACCCCUUACGCCAGAGCCACCUGCGCCACAGCUCCUCCCAGCUUCCCUCCUACGACGACCUGGUGGACAGUGUGCAGAUAGAGGUCGAAGGGUCAGAGGUCACCCAGAUGACACCCACCUCCACUAACCCUGCCGCCUCUGUUGCUGCGCCUAACCACUGCGCUGGGCGAACGGGCCUCAAUCUCCUUCCCCUUAAAAUCCAGAGGAUUAAAUCAGAGAAGAUCCAUACGAAGAACACGGAUAACUCUCAGCCGCCGGGAGGGAUGAGUAUUGAGCCGCUCACUCCACCACCAAUGUAUGAGGAUAAAGUGCCUCAGCUCUGAGACUUGGUAUCAAAGCAGGGUACUGCAUCCUCUGAGGCCCACUAUGGAUGGACUGGUUGUGCAGUGCUACAAUAGAUGUAAUUAGAUGGCCCCUUGUCAUGCAUCUGUGGCUAAAUCAUCUCGAUGGCACUUGUCAUGUUUACCUGGCUGUUUUAGACCUGCCACUCAAGGGGAGUGAGCAGAGAACACAGUUCCAAACGUGGGGCACUGGGAUUUGAUUGGAACUUUGGGUCAACACUUGCUGGAUAGAGAGCACACUUCCGAUUUCAGACUGGGAUUACAAGGACAUUGAAUCUUACAAGGUCGUUGAAGCUCGGUUCAAAGGAUCAAUAUGAUUGGGAAAGAUACUUGCUUAAUGUCUUAGAUGCCUUUCGAUUACUUUACAAUGAGCCCUGUUCCAAAUCUCAUUUGUAUGCAGUUUACCAUAUUUUUUUAUGCUCCUACUGAUUUAAUUUCAAGUUCCAUCUUCAUCCUCAGUCAAGUCAGCCAUGGUGUGCUAAAUGUAUUAUUAUUCAUGGUUGUUUUUGUAUUCUGUACAGCUACUUAGACAGCUGUUCCUUGCAUUUUGAGAGAGGUGUUAUUUGGCGACUGAAUCAAUGGCUUUACACAGACAGUGUUUGUGCGUUGCUGCCUGUGUUGCUUGUCAAUAGAGUAUAAUUGAGGCUCAUGGAUAGUUGGAAGCCUUUGCCCUGUAGCCAUGGUGAAAUGGGUUUGGGCUCUGAAGGCAGUAGUGUAGUCCAGCUCUUUUCAUUUGCUGUUUUAUGCUCAAUAGAGGACACGAGGGACUCUUUCUCUGAGCAGCUGGAAGCUGGGAUAAUGGCACCCAUUGCUCACUCACUCAUCACUCUUGAACUAUGCGGCAAUACCAGCUCCUUGACUGCCAGCACUGUUUUCAUUAGGAGUAUUCCGAGAAUUAAGUUGUUGUAGUGUCCGAUGUUUGACCCCAUUUUGUUUAGUCGAGUAAGAAGACGUCAGUGCCUUUUCUCUCUAGUCUAUUUGUUUCAUGCUUAUCAGACAAUGGAAAUGAGCAAAUCCAUGCAAUAUUCGGAAUUCCAGAAUAUUCUUUUCUUAUCAUAUGGAUGCUAUUUUCUGAUUUCAUGUCAUGUUGAUGAACCUGUUCAGCAACUACUCAAUACAUUUACUGUAGGUGGGAACUCAAACAGUACACAACAGUAGCCUUCUUGACAUAAGUAAACAGUUGCUAAACUAGCAUAUGCUCACAGAAUACAUACCUAUUCACACAGAAUAAGAAUAUUUCUUUGAAGAGGAAUCUUUGAAUGCUGAAUUACUAGUUUCUACAUGUACCUCAUGUACAUUUAGUUUUAUUCUGAAUGCAGUCUGUUCUUUCAAUAUCAAAUCAAAUUGUAUUUGUCACACACGUGUUUAGGAGAUGUUAUAGCAGGUGUAGCGAAAUGCUUG